AUGCCAGGAAAGCAAAUGUAUGUGGCGGACUUGUUGUCUAGAAAUUAUUUGAGUGAUGUCAUAGAUGACGAUCCAACAAUGCUAGAAGUAAUACACAAUGUCCAAGCAAUAGUGAACAUAACGGAUGCUAAAAAAUCAGAGUUCCAAAAAAGAAUCGAAGAGGAACCAGUGUUGAAAUUACUAAAAAAAUUCUGCAUUGAUGGAUGGCCAUCAAAAGUACCAGAUGAAGUCCAAAAAUUCAAGAGCUAUAAAAGUGUAAUUAGUCUAGUCGAGGAUAUCUUGUUGUAUAAGGAUAGAUUAAUCGUACCAAGUAAAUUAAGAUUAGAGAUGAUGAGAUUAGCUCAUGAAGGGCAUGUAGGGAUAAAUAAAACCACAGAAAGACUGAAAGAGGCAUUGUUUUGGCCAGAAAUGACAAAAGACAUAAUUGAGUUUGUAUCCGAGUGUAAGAGUUGUGAGCGAUAUUUGCCAAAUAACACAAAAGAACCACUCAUCAAUCAUGAAAUAUUGGAUAGACCUUUUGCCAAAAUCGCAUCAGACAUGUGUGAACAUGCAGGAAAAAAUUACUUAAUAAUAUUCGAUUAUUUUUCAAAAUGGCUUGAAGUGAUACCAACAUCGGGUAAAACUGCUGACGAAUUAAUACAGAAAUUUAAAGUGUGCUUUGCAACCCAUGGGAUACCUGAUAUGCUAAUAGCGGACAACAUGCCAUAUGCGUCAUAUGCAUUUAAACAAUUUGCAAAAGAAUUUGAAUUUCAGAUAAUUAAUAGCAGUCCGAGAUACCCACAAAGUAAUGGAUUUGCAGAGAGUGGUGUAAAAAUAGCAAAAGCGAUACUAAAAAAAGGUUGUGAUUUAGAUGUAGCAUUGCUUAAUUAUAGAAACACUAAAAUAACUGGAAUUGACUAUACCCCAUCAGAAUUGAUGAUGAAUCGCAGGUUGAAAACGAAGUUACCAAUAAUCCAAAAAUCAUUAGAACCUAAAGUCAUAGAUAAUAAGAAAGUAUGUACAAAAUUAAAGCAUAAGCAACAGAUAGUAAAGAAACAGUUUGAUAAGAAAAGUAAAGAAAGGCCUGAGCUAGAGCUAGAUCAAAGUGUUUUACUUCAGAGAGGAAGGAUGUGGGAGCCUGCAAAGAUAAUAGGUAAAAGUAGUGCCCCAAGGUCGUACUUUGUUCAACAAAGUGAAACUGGUCAGGUUUAUCGUAGAAAUAAAAUACAUAUAAGAGAAUCAAAGAAUGAGUUCCCAUGUAGAACUCAUGUAAGCAUAUAUGAUUCAAUAAUUGAAAAUCAAAUGAGAAAUGAGCCAAAUGUUGUGAUUGCUGAUGAGCCAAAUGCUGUGAUUGGUGAUGAACAGAAUCGGGGUGAGAGACCUCAGAGACUAAGGCAGCCUCCAGUAAGAUUCAGAGAUUAUGAAACUUGA